AAGCCACUCGAUCCUGUCGUCAUCCAUGCGUUGCCAUGGAGAUCCGCGCGGCGGGCCGGCGCUUUGGGCCCUCAGAGCAGUCGCUCAGCGCGCCCGUGGCGCCGCCAGCUGCGCUGCAGAGAGACGGCUCGCCGCUGCCGCCACCGGACUCCGAGGACGAGCAAGAUGCAGCUGCAGAGGGCACUGACACUUGCACCCAGUCGCUGCACCAAGCGGUGUGGCUGGGGGACGUCCAUCAGAUCCUGGAGCUCCUGGAGAAGCAGGCGGACGUCAACGCGGAAGAUGUGCAUGGAGUCACUCCUUUGAUGCUGGCAGUGGAGCUGAUGCCCCGGGCAGAGGAGUACCAAGCGGUGGUGGACUGCUUGCUGCACCAAGGCGCCAGGCCACGAGUGCGGUCCUCCUCCGGGUGGUCGCCCUUGGACGAGGCGGUGAGCCGCCGGGACGGCAGUUUGGUGCGGAAGCUCUUCGAUGCCGCCCAGCAGGACCUGCGCCAGCGCUGGGAUGUGCGGCUGGCCUCCAUUGCGAGAUCCUUAGAGCUGCUGCCGGAUUUCGAGUGCCAGAUCCGCUGGGAGUUCGACUCUCCGGUGAUCCCGCUGCUCAAUCGGAUCGCACCUUCAGAUGUGAUCAUCGUGCGAAAGCGAGGGAGCUGCUUAAGGCUGGACUCCACGCUUGCGUCUUGGAAGAGAUUUCGGUUCAGCAAGAGGCGGAACCUGACGACCUUGUUCAUUGGUGAGAAGUUGGAUGGGGAUGAGAAGGCGGCCAGAGGCUUGUUCAUGGUGAACCACGACAAGCUGGCAGUGGUGGACAUGACUGAGGGCCUGGAUGGGGAAGAGGCUGCUGCGGUGGUGGAGGACCUGGUGAAGGCGGAUGCCAUGCAGUGGGACAUGAGCAUCGCCACUUUAGAGGUGGCUGAGUCCACCACUUGGCUCGGCUCGCCGGCGGGGGUCUGUGACCUGAACGGCUGGAGCUGCAUGCGCUACGAGGUGCGGGGUGAGCUGGGCAUGUCGAUGCGAAAGAAAGGCUUCCGCACGGAGGGGGUGACCUUCCAGGACUACUUCGGCCACCCGCUGCCGGUCUCCGCCUGCCUCCCAGAGCUGCGACAGAAGUUCGAGGCAGUAAAGGCUGACAAAGUGAAGGCUGAGAAGAGGGGAGAGGUGUCCCGGGCGUCAGAGUCCACUGGCCAGGGUUUUUCCAUGGAAGACGACCUGGAGUCAGACGCUGGUUCCAUCCAAUCAGAACUCCUGGAUCACUGGCCAGAAGAGACAGGCGCUCCUUUGCCGACGGCCGCGCUCCCGGGGCCCACAGUGCCGGCGGCGUCGCCGGCACCCACGCGGCCUUCGCGCCUGAGCACACGCGAUAGGCUAGGAAGCAGCAGCCACAAGGUGUCUGGGAGCGUUUGGCUGGCAACUGACUUCCCCAUUGACAUGCAUCAGUUUCUGCCGGUGCUCGAGGCUUUGGCGGUGGAGCACAACCCCAUGAAGCGCCUCAAGGAGAUCGUGGAAUCUCCGAGUCUCACGGAGGCAGCAAAGCGGGCCCGGCAGUCAGCGCAGGCGCAGAGUGGCGCAGGUGAAGCGGGCCACGUGUUCCCAGUGCGCGCGUCAGUGCCGGUGAACCUCGCGAUCCGCGCCUCUCUCCACUUCGAGGCCUUCACUCUGGGCGACCAAGCGCCCGAGCUCUUCCGCUUGCCAUCAGGCUAUCAAGAAGUUCCGCGAAGCCAAUUGCAAAAGACCGCGAAUCGUGCCAAAAAGCGCAUGUUGAUUGCGAACCUGGCCCUGUAAAGCAUGGACAUUGCCAGUGCAAUGCAGCGAAUUCGCCAUCGACAUCAGAUGUGAUGCAUGCACUUGCAUGCUCUUACAGAAUUGAACAUGGUUAAACACA